AUUAGCAGUGUUCUUUGUUUUGGUGCAGGAUCUAAGUAUUUUCUUGAGUUGUCUUUAGCUGUGCUAGUCCAGUGUAGCAGUCAGUGUGCUAUUGUCUAGUUUAUCUGUGCUGAGGUGUUCCUGCUGCGUAUCAGCGUUCGUGCAAGAGUAGUCGUGGUGCGCACUGGUCGCGUCAGUUUAGCGGUCCGUUCUCUAGUUGUUAUUUGCUCGCGCUGCGGCGCUCAGUUCUAGUAGUCCAGUUGGUGUCGCCGUGUGAGAGUUGAGAUUGAAUCUCGUAGCUGUCGCUAGUCUAUCUACUCGUCUCUACGGUGUUGUCUCCAGUUGGAGCAGUUUCUUCUACGUGGUUGCGGGCUCUGUGGCUGCCCUUCGGUUCUCGCGCGUCCGUCGUCGUCGUCGUCGUCGUCUGGAGCUGCAUUGUCCAUCUACAAUGGUGGCUGAAGGCCAUUUCUUCAUAAUUCAAGAUUUUAUAUCCGUUUCUUCUACGUGGUUGCGGGCUCUGUGGCUGCCCUUCGGUUCUCGCGCGUCCGUCGUCGUCGUCGUCGUCUGGAGCUGCAUUGUCCAUCUACAAUGGUGGCUGAAGGCCAUUUCUUCAUAAUUCAAGAUUUUAUAUCCGUUUCUUCUACGUGGUUGCGGGCUCUGUGGCUGCCCUUCGGUUCUCGCGCGUCCGUCGUCGUCGUCGUCGUCGUCGUCUGGAGCUGCAUUGUCCAUCUACAAUGGUGGCUGAAGGUCAUUUCUUCAUAAUUCAAGAUUUUAUAUCCGUUUCUUCUACGUGGUUGCGGGCUCUGUGGCUGCCCUUCGGUUCUCGCGCGUCCGUCGUCGUCGUCGUCGUCGUCGUCUGGAGCUGCAUUGUCCAUCUACAAUGGUGGCUGAAGGCCAUUUCUUCAUAAUUCAAGAUUUUAUAUCCGUUUCUUCUACGUGGUUGCGGGCUCUGUGGCUGCCCUUCGGUUCUCGCGCGUCCGUCGUCGUCGUCUGGAGCUGCAUUGUCCAUCUACAAUGGUGGCUGAAGGCCAUUUCUUCAUAAUUCAAGAUUUUAUAUCCGUUUCUUCUACGUGGUUGCGGGCUCUGUGGCUGCCCUUCGGUUCUCGCGCGUCCGUCGUCGUCGUCUGGAGCUGCAUUGUCCAUCUACAAUGGUGGCUGAAGGCCAUUUCUUCAUAAUUCAAGAUUUUAUAUCCGGAGCUAGGAGAGCGAUUUACAGCUGUUGGUAUGUGUGAUGACGCAAUUGCAUCCUAUCUCAAGGUGAACAAUGCCAAGGCAGCCGUUGAUACAUGUGUGCAGCUGAACAAGUGGUAUAGAGCAGUUGAACUGGCUAAGAAGCAUUCCCUGCCUGGCAUAGAGCAGCUACUAUCUCGCUAUGCAACACAUCUUCUGGAGCAUGACAAUAUCAUUGAUGCCGUGCAGCUGUAUCGUGAGGCUAACAUGUUCUCAGAAGCAGCCAGUUUGCUUUAUGAGCUUGGCGGCAAAGCUGUGAGUGACCAGAAAGACUAUCUGCGUGCCAAGAAGCUGUACAUCAUGGCUGGAAUGAUGAUGGAGGACUAUCGCAAAACUCGCAAUGCAGCAGCUCAAGAGCACCGUGAGGGAAGUACCAAGAUGUACUUAGAUGAGGAGUACCAAUCUCCAGAGACGGCAAGAAUGCUGGAUUCCACCUGGCGUGGUGCGGUGGCUAUUCAUUUCUUCCUGACUGCUCAGCAUAACAUUUACGAAGGAGAUAUCGCAGCUGCACUCAGAAUGGCAUUGAUUGCCAGUGAGUAUGAUGACGUAUUGCCGGAAAAGGACUUAUUCUUACUGGUAGCUCUGUCGGCAGCCAUGGCUCAGUGUGAUCGACACACAUCACGGGCAUUCACUCACUUGGUUGACUUGGUUAACGUUGAGAGUGAACUGAAGGAAAAGUUGCAAGACUUGGCAGUGGAUAUCUUCGUGGAGAAAUCCAAUCGACGAGGAGGUGCAGCAGCGGCAGCGAGGCAAAACAAGAUGGAAUUUGAAGAAGUGCAUUGUGAAGAGUGCGGAGAACCCACCGAGGACUGGGUAACUCAAUGUCCAGCCUGCUAACAUCGUCAUCCAUACUCCGUAACAGACGGACGUCGUCUUGAUCCGCGUGUAGUCUAUGCUACAUGUGACCUGUGCCAUCACUCUUAUGACAAAGUUGUGCAAGGAGUGAAGCGCACUAGCAGAUCUGAUCAGCUGGCCUGUCCUGUGUGCCACAAAGUAUGUGACAACUAGCGCAUGUGCUUCAAGCUGUUCUCCUUCCAAGUCGUCACUUUCUGUGUGUGUGUGUGUGUGUGUGUGUGCAUGUAUGUGAAGUGGUUUUGUGUGGGUGCAGGUGUGUACGCGCACGUGCUAUUAUGUGCUUCUGUGUGUGUGUGUGUGUGUGUGUGUGUGUGUGUGUGUGUGUGUGUGUGUGCGCGUGUGUGUGUGCGUGUACAUGUGUUACGUUGUACUUACAUGGCAAAUUAGGCGACAAGGAAACAAAUGAGUCGUUUAAGAUUGUUUUUGUGAAAUUUCAAGUUCUUUCUAUAAUCCUUUUCUUGAUCUUGCGUGAAAUAUUUUCCUAGAAAUGUCCCUUCUUUUACGAGAUUAUUGUAAACAUAUCAAACGUGAUCUUUCGUAUCUAAUAACCACCGGAACAGUUUGUUUCUUUCCUCUCUAUUCUAUGCUGUGUUUUGAUUGUUUUGAUCUCCUCCUUAUUUGAUGUAUUUCUUGUUCCCCAUCCGUACUGGUCGCACAUUGUUCUUCCCCAAACCCUUGUUAUACGCACAGCUUUGUGUCUGUGAGUAGUUCUGUACAAUCAGUGUGUUCAAGUACAUUAACAUGAUGGCUUGUAUCCUUG